CGGUCCGCUUUCUUGGAAAGUCUUUAUCUUUCCUACACUUUUGCUUCUAAUUCUAUAAAUACCCUUUGCCUCUUACACCCUCUUCUCUCUCUCUCUCUCUCUCUCUCCAUAUACUCUUCACUCCUAAUCUUAUUCUGCUUCCUCUUUCUCAUCAUCAAUAUAAACUCGAAGAAAAUGGAAGUUAUAGGUGGCUGAAUGUUGCCAAGUUCUAUGGCCUACACUGAUCUUUGGGCAAUGUGUAAGGGAGGAUACAAGUUUAGCAGCCUAAGAAACAAUUCGCUGACGAAGAUAAAUCAGAGCAAUCACAGUAGUGGCAGAACUUGUGUUAUGGAAUUUGAAUCAGACUGGACAAAGCACAGAAAAUCAUCCGCUUACACCGCUCACGUGAUUCGUUCUGCAACAUCUAUCUUGCCUUGGUCUUGUAGAGUCCCAAUUGGUGAAGGGUAUCAUGAAUUCCUUUAA